AUGUUAAAAUCAAUUGCUAAGACGGAGUUUGCAAGACAUCUUAAAAUUUGUGGUGAAAUACUUUCGAGUGACACAACAGAAAUAACUCCUUUUAUUUACAAGUUACGGGCCACAAUGGAUGAAAUAGGAAUAACCGAGGCACAGUUAUACAAUGCGGAUGAGUCUGGUCUCUUUUACCGUAUGCUUCCAGAUCGCACAUUCGUAGAAGCAAUUGAAAAGACUGCACCAGGCCGAAAAAUACUAAAAGAAAGGAUAACAUUUAUGCUGUGUGCGAAUGCCGAUGGAUCCCACAAAUUGAAACCCUUGGUGAUUGGUAAAUCUGCAAAUCCACGUUGUUUUUCCGGAUUCAACCAUCCAUUGGAAUACGUAAAUUCUAAAAAAGCAUGGAUGGACUCCCAACUGCUUUCUGAAUGGUUUCAUGAUUCGUUUACUAAACAGGUUCGUACUUUUUGCUCUGAAAAUAAUUUACCACUUAAGGCAUUGUUGCUAGUUGACAAUUAUACAGCUCAUAACCCCAUUUGA